AUUUAGACACUAUUAAUGACCAAUUUUCUACAUGUUUUGUUGAUAACGAUUAUAUAGAAUCUUUUUUAGAUCAAGUUCAAUAUUUUGAAAAUUGUCAGUCAUAUGAUAAAUUUAAAGGGGUGAAAGGUAGAUUAGCUUGUCAUGUAAAGUAUUGGGAAAAUAUAGGUGCUUGUCCUUUUGUGCUUGAUACAAUAAAAAAUGGUUAUGUUAUUCCAUUUAUAGAUACACCUUUUAAAAUGUACCACAGAAAUAAUAGAUCAGCACGGCAGAAUACUGAAUUUGUCACAAAGUCAAUUGAAGAUUUAGUUCAAAUAGGUUGCGUAAUUAAAGUGCCUUUUCAACCAUAUGUGGUAAAUCCAUUGAGUGUUGCUACUCAAAAGUCCGAUAUUUUUUCAGUAGGACAUUGGUCAGACUUUAAUUCACAAGUUGCCUCUAAUAAUGAUCUCAGCAGUUUGUUCAAACAGUUACCAGAAUUCCUUCUUUCGUCCAAGGCUGCGAGUACUCAGAAGAAAUAUAGAUAUGCCUUCAAUUCAUGGUGUAAGUGGACUAGUCAAUAUUCUUUUUCACCAUUGCCAGCAUCUCAUUUACAUAUUUCUUUAUAUUUAAUUCAUUUGUCUGAAACUGCAAAAUCGGUUUCAAAAUUAAAUGAUGCUUUUUACGCCAUAAAAUGGGCACAUAAAUUAGCUGGCGUUGCUGAUCCCAGUGAAAAUAAUCUAGUUGCAUCUGUUCUUGAAGGGGCUCAUAGAAAAAUAGGUCAUUCAGUUGUCAAAAAAGAACCUAUCACACCGCAUAUUUUGAAAAAUAUUGUAUGUAAAUAUGCUAAUAAUACUUGUAAUUUAAAAGAUGUAAGAAUAGCAUGUAUGUGUUUAUUAGCCUAUGCUGGCUUUUUAAGAUUCUCCGAGUUAGCUAACUUGAGAAGGUCUGAUAUACAGUUUUCCCCUACUUACCUUACACUUCAUUUAGUCAAGAGUAAAACUGAUGUAUAUAGGGAAGGGAAAGAUGUUGUCAUUUCAAAAACAGGGAAUAUUACAUGCCCGGUAGAUGUACUUCAGCGUUAUCUAAAGUUAGCUAACAUUCCUGAAGAAUCGAAUGAUUUUAUUUUUAGAUCUAUUUGUUAUUGUAAAUCUUUGAAUAUAUACAAACUUAGAAAGAGUAGUCAUAUUUCUUACACCAGAGCCAGAGAGUUAUUGUUAUCUGCACUUGACAGUUUAGGUCUUGAUAAAAAACAGUUUGGCUUACAUAGUUUGAGGUCAGGAGGAGCUACUGCCGCGGCAGAAGCUGGAAUAGAUGACCGGUUGUUUAAGAAACACGGGAGAUGGAAAAGUGAUAAAGCCAAAGAUGGUUAUGUUAAAGAGAGUAUACUCAACAGAUUGUCAGUAUCUAAGAAUUUAGGAUUGUAAUUUAUAUUGUUUGUCCCCCCUUUUUCUUUAUGUCCCUUUCUUUAUCAAUCGAAGCUUUCUGUGCUGUCGGGGCGAGCUGAUA